AACUCAUAUAUAGCACCAGAGCAAGCCAGUCCUACCAACACAAUACAAAAGAUACGUUCUCUAGCAGUUUGGGCGACAUUUGUGGACAAUGUUGUUGAGCGUGUUUUCUCUAGAAUUCCUUGGAGCAUUCGUUACGGCUCUCCUGUGUGUUAUUGGAACAGCGGCCUGGUAUUUACAUCAACAACACCUGAAGUAUGACCAUCUUCCUGGACCUCCACGAGACAGUUUUUGGAGUGGACACUUUCCUUCUAUUGCAAAGGUGAAAGCUGCUGGCGGCGUUAUGGACGACUAUUUCAUAGAAAUGUCAAAGACGCACGGGCUGGUAUUUCGUCUAUUUUUGUGGAAUCAGGUUAUCAUCGUUUGUUUAGAUCCAACGUGUAUCAAGGACGUUCUGGUUACUGGAAACCAUCCGAAAUCUAUACGCAUGUACUCAAGAUUUCACAACCUUUUUGGCGUAAGAUUUAUGGGCCAGGGAGUGGGAUCACUGGUUGAUAGCAAACUCUGGAAAAUACAACGAAUGCAACUCGAUCAAUGGUUCAAACCACAUCUUAUUCGGCAUUUCGCUUCUGAAUUUAAUGAGUUUUGCGAUAGAUUCGUAGAGCUGAUGGAAACUCGAGCGGACGGGAAGACAGAGACACACAUGCUACAUUCAUUUAAGAAACUGACGAUGCAUCUGUUAUACAAGGUAGCGUUUAAUGUCGAUAUGGGGCCAUUCAGCGAAGAGAACCAUCCCUUUGUUACGAAAAUGAAGACUGCGUUAUCAGGAGUUGCAGCAAGCUUGACAAAUCCCUUUGUAGCUAUGAAUCCUUUUAAUUGGAAGUUUUGUCGGGAUGUCCGAGAAGCUAUCAAAUAUAUCAGAGAAAGCGCCAGACAACAGAUGUUCGAUAGGAAACUGGCAAGAGAUAGAGGCGACUACAUUCCCCGGGAUCUCCUGGAAUAUCUUAUUGAACUAAAAGAAAAGUACCCAUCGGUCAUAAACGACGAAAUUUUAUUGGAUAAUGUCUUGACAUUCCUACUGGCAGGACAGGAAACAACCGCCAACGCCUUGAAUUUCAUGCUUUUUCUUCUCGGAGAGAAUCCUGAAUGUUACAAAAAACUUCAAAGGGAAAUAGAUGAGCAUGUUGGCGCCGUUUCAGUGAUCACCCUGAAUGAGCUUGAGAAGCUUUCUUACCUAGAUAUGGUACUAAAAGAGACACUCCGACUUUACCCCCUGAACAAAAUAACAUCUCGCGAGACAAAAUAUGAAUUCAGACUCGGCGAUCACCUCAUUCCAGCCAAUACUGACAUGAUUGUUAGUUUCUAUGCAACGUCUAGAUUAGAAAAAAAUUUCACAGAACCUACCAAGUUUAUGCCAGAACGAUUUCAAAUCGACAGCUCAGAAAAGUUUAGCAAAUAUGCCUAUACGCCAUUUUCAAUUGGACCGCGUAUCUGCAUUGGGAAAAAGUUCGCAGAGAUAGAAAUAAAAAUCACAAUUGUCAAGAUUAUGCAGAAUAUUGACUUUGAGCUUGUUCCCGGACAAAGUGCUGAACUACUAGACACCGCAGCCUUGCGACUAAAAAGCGGGACCAUGUGUCUCUUGCGCCAAAGGAAAAUGGAAUCCGACUAAUACACAACAUUUUGAUACAAGAGAUUCCCUACGUAAAAGUACACACCAAGUCGUUGUGCAGCUAAUCAAAUGCUUGAUCACAGGCAAGGGGGACACUUUUUGUCAGCGUGCUGUGUAGCAUAUCAAAGGGUUGUUUUAUAAGACAGUCAAUGCAAAAAAUAUUGGCUAUUUGUGUUUGUAGAUCCGAGGCAAAACACCGUAAGGGCAAAUUGUCAUCUUUAGAAUCAAUUAUUCAAUAACAUAUGAUAUUCAACAGAAUAAGUUUGAAAGUUAUACAAUUAUAAACCUGUUUUCAAGUACAUAUGUAUUAUAAUCCAGAUGAAAUUGUUUCAUUCAACACUUCAAAACACGAGUCUUAUGUUACCGUUAUGAAUGCAUGAUGUAAUUUGUAAGCUUAUUGGAAUUUUGUUUUUUAAAUUGAAAUAUUUAUGUAUUCUAUUAAUAUAUACAUUAUUUCCACGAAAAAUAGAUUUGUUCUCGCACUAUCAGAUGAUGCUUAAAAUGAGUUGAUGAUGGUUUAUGGCUAUCAAUAGAUUAAAUGAAAAAUUAACAUGAACAAGAUAAAUAAGUUAAAGUAAUAACUCGACCUUCUUUUAAUAUAAGGCUAAAUCAUUGUCACUUUUGCAGUUUGUUAUAACUAACAACACCUAAUGGAUGUUGUACGUUGUAAUAUUUGUUUCUCGAUUUGGACCCAAACUGCGAGUCAGAAUCAGAAAUAACUUAGUCUAAGUCUUUGGUAAACAGUAUAUGAUUGAAAUUAUUCUCAAUAUUGUAAAUUUAAAUUCUGAACUGUUUACAUUAAUACGAAUAAGACUUACUGUAAAGUGCAGUCUCCGAAACAACCGCAGUCGAUGACACAUGUUGUGGACAGACUCACGUUAUACACUCCUACACGUGUUAACUUUGGGGUAGUCUGCAUCCGGCAAGGAGUUCUUGAUUUAGAGUAAGCUCCCUAACAAGGCUGCGCAACACCAUUUUAUACAUGUACGAAUUUAUAAUAGGAAUAAAUGAAGUAUGGCGAAUGCUAGCCCUCGUGUGUGAGGACAUUUUUGUAUUUGUUGGUGUCUUUGAAAAUAAAAUUGUUGAACCUAAAAAAAAAUCGGUUAAUUAUCAAUUGGAAUAACAUAUAUAGUAUAUUAAUUUUAUAAGAGUCAGACCGCCACGAGGAUAGAAAGGUUGAGAGCGUUUUAUUCCGGUUUGUUUCCCGUAAAAGGAGCAAAUUUAGCCGGAUAUUCCAAUUUGUUUUCCAAUUAAAAAAAAUACGCAGUGGACCUCAUCGUCUAUAUAUACAUUAUAUGUCUGUGUCAUGUUACGAACGUAAUGUUUAUGUUGUCUUUCAAUAUUAAAUAUUUUUUGAUUUAGUGAUCCAUCUUUUGAUUUAUUUCAAACGAUUUAUGUAUUUGUGAAAUUAAUGCAUACAACAAUAUUGUAAACCAGGUGUUAUUUUAUACCAUAAGAUAUUAUAGAAUAUGCAUGCGUACAAAUGUAUAAGUGUUAAAUUAAGUUGUAUGAUUGGCAUGUAUUGACUUAUUUUUAAAAAUAUUUGGAUAUCACACA